AUGCGUGAAGUACUCCUUCUCAGGCAUGUCCUCACCACCAUACUGAAAAACCCGGAUAUCCGCCUCUCUCUCUGGAGUCGUCCCGGUGACACCGAGCCUGCUCCCAUGACGGCGGAAAAAGCGGCAAUGAAACUUAUCAGGAUUGCUCUUCCCGACCAUGUUGAGUACGAGGGCGAAUUCAAUCCAUUGAAGUACUUCAAUGGCGUUUCUACCAAGAUCAGGCGUCUCAAUAAGAUCUAUUAUAUAAACUUGUACCCCGAAAGUAGAGACCACCUCAUAAGGUCAGAUGAUUACAGACUUAUUCGAGUAAAGCCUAUUUGGGCACUCAUGAAACAGCUGAGCAGAGACUCUCCAGCUGAGAAGGAUAGAGCUAGGGCAAUGGUUAAGCCGCCCGGAGAACGCGUGAAGGAUCUGAACGGAGCCUCUCCCGGGAAGAAUAGAGCUAAGGCAGCAGCUACUUUACCUAAGGCGGGCGGUAUUAAUGGUAGCGGUUGGAACCAACCCACUAGGGCUGAGACGUCCUACAAUCUCAGACCUACCAGAUCUUCAGCCAAUCUUGAACUAAAUCCGAGCAAGAUUGUGACCUUGAAAGUAGCCGCGCCCUCCGUCGAGACACCUAGGGGCGAUGCCUCAAGGGCUGUGCAGGACAAAAAACGUCCAGCUCUAGAUUCAGAAGCCCAAGCUUUGGAAGAGCGCAAACUCGAGAAGGCUCGUGAGCAUGAGCUGGAGGCCGAGACCGAGUUGGCCAAGGCCCGAGGGGAUCAUCAAAAAGAAAUGAGCAAGGACUCUGUAUUGUGA